AUGACGGACCAUCCGCUCAAGAAGGCAAUGAACAAGCUGGAAGCCGCAAGACGGCUGAUUCAAUGGGCGGUGGAACUUAGUGAAUUCAACAUUCGGUACCAACUGAGAAAUGCAAUAAAGGCUCAAGCCCUAGCAUAUUUCAUCGGAGAGUUCACUUCGAGUCAUGAGAAUCUUGGGGAAGGAGAGUACAAUAACAAAUGGGUCGUCCAUGUAGAUGGAUCGUCUACAUUGUAUGCUGGAGGAAUAGGAGUUUUUUUGCAGUCGACAGAAGGAGACAAAUUAAAGUACAAGGCCCGUUUGCAAUACCAGACUACUAAUAAUGAAGUGGAGUAUGAAGCCCUUUUAAAGAGGUUGGAGUUGGCCAAGUCUGUAGAAGCAGACUCAAUACUUGUCUUGGGAGACUCUCAAUUGGUCAUAGGCCAAGUAAAUGGGACAUGCGAAGCCAAGGAAGACAGAAUGAAGAAAUAUCUAAGGAAGGUAGUACGCCUUGUAAGGAAAUUCAAAAAAGCUGAUUUUAUUCAAAUCCCAAGGGAAGAGAAUGUGGAAGUAGAUAUUCUGGCGAAGGAAGCGUCUGCGAAUGAAGCGUUGGACGAGUUGGAUGAAGUACACUACAUGCCAAGUAUAGACCUUCCAGAAAUGCUGCAGAUAGAGGGUGACAGAAAUUGGAUGACCCCAAUAGUGUCAUACUUGAAGGACGGAAGGCUUCCAGAAGAGAAGGACGAAGCUAGGAAGCUUAGGGUCAAAUCAGCCAAGUACGUACUUAUGGACGAAAUGUUAUACAAAAAAGGUUUUUCCCAGCCUCUCUUAAGAUGUUUGGCUCUGGACGAGGCAAACUACAUGUUGAGGGAGGUUCAUGAAGGAGCAUGUGGAAACCAUUCGGGAGCCAGAUCACUCGUCCAUAAAGUCAUCCGUAGCGGAUUCUAUUGGCCAACCAUCCAAGCUGAUGCUAAGGCAUAUGUCAAAGUAUGUGAUCAAUGUCAACGCUUUAGCAACAUUCCCAGACAGCCAGCAGAGUAUCUCACACCAAUGAUGGCCCCUUGGCCUUUCGCGCAAUGGGGACUAGACAUUUUGGGGCCCUUUCCAACUGGAACUCGGCAAAUGAAGUUUCUGGUGGUAGGAAUAGAUUACUUCACAAAAUGGGUGGAAGCCGAACCCUUAGCAAAAAUUACGCAACAGAAUGUCAAGAACUUCGUUUGGAAGAACAUUCUUGGAAUGAAGAACCAUUACUCCUUACCCUCCCACCCGCAGGCCAAUGGCCAGGCAGAAGUAGCAAACCGAUCCUUGUUGAAGAUCAUCAAGACUCGGCUCGAAGGGACAAAGGGAGUAUGGCCGGAUGAGUUACCAGGUGUUUUAUGGGCUUAUAGAACGACAGUGAAAACUCCAACAGGGGAAACUCCUUUUAAACUAGCCUAUGGAAGUGAGGCAGUUAUACCGGCAGAAGUACGCAUGACGAGCCACAGGGUGAGGAAGUAUUAA